AGUAUCAUACGGAUUUACUUCGACUAAGAAUUUACAAGUGUUUGAAUGGUGACAAUGAAGUUUAUCGCGAUAUUUCUUUGUUUUUCGUCAAUUAUUCGUGCCGAGUUAUCCAAACCGGUGCUGCUCAUUGCGGUUAAUUCUCCGCAACUGAAUUUAAUCGAUAUUGGCGAAGAUGUGAAUUUAUCUUGUGAAUCAUAUGGCUAUAAAGAGAAUGCAAACACAUUUUGGCUGAAAGAUAAUGGUUCGCUUCCAAAAAAAUCCUUUCAAUCCAAUGGUGUUCUUUCAAUUCCAAACUUCCAACCGGAGGAUAGUGGACUUUAUAAAUGUCGACUGCAGUCGUGGCAUAAACUGAAAAAUAUUACACUUGCAGUUAAACACCACAUUUUGGAAACAACGUCAAAAUCCAACACAUUUGAAAUGCUACCAACCCCUUCACCUCCAUGUCGAGCAUCGAUUCCAAAUUUCAAGCUGAUUACCAUUCAACCGGCAACCUUUUCCACCCAUCCAGGAGACAUUCUCGUGCUAGCCUGUCACAAUGCAAUCAAUAGUAACGCUUCAAUAACGUGGAAAAAGGCCAAAAAUUCCAGAUUGCCAGCCCAUAUCAUCAUUAGAAACGGAAUUCUCAUCAUUAAAAGUGUCAGCGUUGAAGAUAGCGGACGUUAUAGUUGUGAAUCAGUUGGAGAGUAUGAUAUCAUUUCUGAUGUGGCUGAUGUUUACAUCAAUCCAGAUCAAACUAAACCAACUGAAGUUCCGACGACUAUUUCCACGUCAGAAAAUAUCCUAGCUAACCGAUUUCUACCAAUAACAACUGAAACAUCAGUUCGUGAAAGCAAUUCAAAAUUGUCGCCUCAACUUACAAUUUCACCCAAUUUAACAGAGGUUACCCUAUACGAGGGCGAUCGAUUGAGUUUGGUGUGUACGGUUAAAACUGUUCCAGAUCUUCUAUUAUUUAGCUGGAGUAAACCCAAUCAAGAUAUUUAUCAUGGCAACUCUUCUUCACACAAGAUUGAAAUAUCAAAUGUCCAAUUUAGUGAUGAAGGGGUUUAUACAUGCCUCGCAAUCAACAAGGUUGGAUUAAGUGAAAAAUCAAUCAAAGUUUUGGUUCGUUUCAGAACUGUUAAUAGUGAAGUUCGUACAAGUGUUCCCACUGGUGAUCCGACUACUGCUUCCAUUUCAACUAAUUUACAUGAAAUCCCAUCAAGUGUCACUGAAAAAGUCAAACCGGUCUAUAAUCCGUCAGUUUCUGAUGAAGAGCCCCAAUUUAUUAACACACCCAAUUGGGAAUAUAAAAUACGUCUUGGUGAACGGGUUAAAAUUUCAUGUGAAAUAGGCAAGUCGAAUGAAAAUGCAAUAUGGAAAAGACAAGAUGGACGUCCAUUACCGAGCAAUUCUCAUUUAUCCGGCAAUGAUUUGAUUAUUAUCGAAGCAAAAAAAGAUGCAGUCGGUAUUUAUGAAUGCUCUAAAUGGGACGAAAUGAAUGGUGGCUAUUCUUUUCAAACGGUUAAAUUGACAAUUUUUGAAAUCACCACAAAUACCCCAAUCACCGUAAAUACACCAUUCGUCCGACCGCGUCCACCUCAUAUUACGAUUUCGCCCAAUUCCAGCGGUCUAACUCUGUAUCAGGGCGAUGAAUUGCAUUUGGUUUGUUCGGCCGAUGGUUAUCCAGCUCCUGAGGUACAAUGGAAGAAAAACACUCUAGUACUCAUUCAAGGUGACGGCUCAUCCGCUAUUCUCCACAAAUCAAAUGUUGGACUAGAAGAUCAAGGGACAUAUGUUUGCUCUACUUCGAAUACGGUUGGAAAAAGACUGAAACCGAUAAAAAUUUCGGUUCGUCCAAAUCCACCGUUUCAA